UAUAAGCUUAAAGUUUUGUUGAUCUUAUCUUGAUGUAAAAUUUAAAUGUUUUGAGUAAUGAGUGUUAGGUGUUUACCUUUCCCCGUCAAUUGGUACUCAGGCAAAUCUUUCAAGCUCCACGCCCCUUUUAAGGACAUCUUUUUGGCUGGAACUGAAACUUUAUCUACAGUUGUAAUUUGGGCAUUUGCAGAAAUGAUGAAGAACCCACAUAUCAUGGCCAAGGCUGAAAGUGAAUUGAGACAAGUCUACACGGAACAGAAAAUAUAUGAUGAAGAAAAUGUUGAAACGUUGACAUACUUGAAGUUAGUGGUUAAGGAAGCAUUAAGGUUGCAUCUUCCAGUUCCUUUUAUAGGGCCCAGAGAAUGUAGGGAGAAAACAAAUAUUAAAGGAUAUACCAUACCUUUUAAGACAAGAGUACUGGUCAAUGCAUGGACACUUGCAAGAGAUCCUGAAAGUUGGAAUAAUCCUGAACGAUUUAUACCUCAGAGAUUUGAGAACUCUUCUGUUCACUUUAUUGGAAAUCACUUUGAGUUCAUUUCAUUUGGUGUAGGAAGAAGGACAUGUCUAGUCUUUCUUCAGGUAAACUGAGCUUUUUAAUACAGGUAAACUGUUGAAACAGAUAAAUACAACAGUGGUUUCCCAUAUUCCUAAGGUGUCUAGACCUAUGUAUGCCUCUCAAUAUAGGCCUAUUUCAUGUUGUAAUGUACUUUAUAAGUGCAUAUCCAAGCUCAUGUGUAACAGAAUAGCUAAAGCGCUUCCUGAGUUGGUCAGUGACACUCAAGCUGCCUUUGUCAAAAAGAGGUCAUUAAUACACAAUGUUUUAAUGUGUCAUGACAUUCUUAGACAUUAUAACAGAAAGACAAGUACCAGGUGUCUUAUGAUGAUAGAUUUGCAAAAGGCAUAUGAUAUGAUUGAAUGGGGUUUUAUUGUUGAAAUGCUGGAAGGUUAUCAAUUCCCUACACAAUUUGCUCAGUUGGUUAUGACAUGUGUGACUUUUCCAUAAAGGUGAAUGAGUAUAGUUAUGGAUAUUUUGAGGAGAAAAGGGGCAUAAGGCAAACGGACCCUAUUUCCCAACUAUUAUUUGUUUUGGUCAUGGAAUAUCUAUCAAGGAUACCAAAACAAAUGAGUGACUUGCCUCACUUUGUAUACCACCUUAUGUGUAAGGAGAAAAAACCGACUCAUCUAAAUUUUGCAGAUGAUCUAAUA